AUGCUAGUUCAUGACUACGAACUCUUCUCAAUGAAAGAAGGAGAACCCAUUGAAGAAAUGUUUGCCAGGUUUAGUAAGAUAAUUAGUGACUUAAAGGCAUUUGGCAAGCCCUACACCAGUGGUGAUCAAGUCAGAAAAAUUCUCAGAAGUCUGCCAACUACUUGGCAGACCAAAGUAGUCACUCUAGAAUCCCAAGACCUAAAAAAAUUGUCCUAUGAUGAACUGCGAGGAGAACUCAUUGCUUUCGAAAGGACGCAUUUAAAAAAGACAAAUCAAGAGGAGAAAAAGCAAAUAGUUGCAUUCAAAACCUCUACUGAAAUGGCUGAAAAUGAAAUUGAUGAUCCUGAAGCUCUACAAGAAGAGAUUGCUAUGAUGUCUAGAAAUAUGGAUGGAUUGAUGAGGAGAUACAGAAAUACAAAGAAAGGAAGAUUCCCACCAAGACGAUCCAGGCAAUACAAUGAACAGGAUAAGAACGAUGGAAAAUGCUACGAAUAUGAAGAUGAUUCAGAUGACGAGAACUGUUUCAUGGCACGGGGUGAAACUAGUGAGGAUGGGUUUGGAAACAAAAAAAUUCUGAACCUAGUAACACUAACCCACCAGGACCCAAGCAAGCUUGGGUACCUAAAAGAAAGUGAUCAUCUUGUCUUGCGGGAACACCACAGAGUAAGCCGCAAAGGAAAAUGGUAUCUAGAUAGUGCGUGUUCCAGUCAUAUGACAUGUGACAAAAACCUGUUCAAGGAAGUUACAAAGAUCGAUGGAGGAAGUGUAAAAUUCAGAGACGAUUCAAGGGGCAAAAUAGUUGGCACUGGAACAAUUCCUUUCAAUAACAACUGUGACAUUACUGAAGUAUAUCUCGUUGAUGGCCUAAACUACAAUCUCUUGAGCAUAAGUCAACUCUGCGACUUAGGAUAUGAGGUAAAGUUUAAAAGAACAGGGUGUGCUACUGAAGACGAACCAGGUAAGAUAAUUCUUCCUGGAAAAAG